AGCACGAUGAGCCCAGAAGCCACAGAAGCGGGCAGUCCUGCCAUUUGUUCGCAUCCUCAGACCAGUCGUCCACUUCACCCCAAUGCUUACGGCUAGAGAUCGAGAAUGUAGAAGGACGCCACAAUCGCAUCCUGAGCUGACCAACGGCAGUUUGAGAACACGGCUGGGUGACAGCUCCCAAAUGGCGAUCCCCCCGGUCUGAAAGACAACAAUGGACCCUCUGUACGUCAGGGUGGCGCUCAUCCAGUAAUCCCAGCCUUCUCCGAGAUUAUUUCCCGUACAAUAAUACGUGUGCUAGUCCACAGCUGUGGCUGUUCACGUAUCGAUAACAAUGGGCGGGAGGAGGAAGAGAAGGGACGCACAAAACUCUUGUCAUAGCGAUCGUUGACCGACAACAAUGGCUCUAUCCAGAGCACCAGCCCUUGAGCCUGCUGCGGGCUUUUCGCUCGAUUCAAGACCCGAGCGGCCUGAUCGAGUGCCUCUUGCAAAAGGAGAAUUCUCCGUUGCGUCCAGAGCUUUGGCUCUAUCGAGCUAUUUCUUGUCGGGCGCUUUGGCUAUCAAUGUCUCUCAGUUCCUGGGAGCUCCAUUGCGAGCAAUCAACGAGGACUGGUACAAUGCAUGGAUUGCUUUCACCAAGCAAUCCUUCGGACUGCUCACAAUGACCCUCACCCAAACAUUUGCGCCGACAAAGGUUAUCGUCUCUGGAGACAAAUCGGUGCGAGGACAACUCUUGAAGUCGACCGAGGGAGAUCUGAUUUUGGAUUUUCCAGAACGGCUUGUUCUCAUUGCAAAUCAUCAAAUCUACACCGAUUGGCUUUACCUGUGGUGGAUAGCCUAUUGUAAUGGUAUGCAUGGUCGCCUUUACAUUAUCCUAAAGGAAUCGCUGCGUAAGAUUCCCGUUAUAGGAUGGGGCAUGCAGUUGUACCAAUUCAUCUUCUUGAAGCGCAAUUGGGAACAGGACAAGCCUAAUAUGGCCAGCGCACUGCAAAAACUCAAUAAGCCUACAGAUCCAAUGUGGCUUCUACUCUUUCCAGAAGGGACUAACCUUGCUCCCAGCACUCGCAAACGAAGCGCUGAAUGGGCAAAGAAGAACAAUAUUCCGGACACGAGGCACGUCCUUUUACCUCGAAGCACGGGCCUGCAAUUUUGUCUCGAGGAGCUCAAGGACACUGUGGACUACCUCUACGACUGUACUAUAGUUUAUGAAGGUGUUCCACGUGGGCAGUACGCACAAGACAUCUUCACGCUGAAAGCAGGCUAUUUGGAAGGCCGGCCUCCAAAAUCGGUCAGCAUGCAUUGGCGCCGAUUUGCGGUCAAGGAGAUCCCACUUCACAGUGACAGAGCAUUCGAACUCUGGCUCAGAGCCCGCUGGCGCGAAAAGGAUGUCAUGAUUGAAGAGUACUACCAGACUGGCAAACUCCCAGCCGAUUAUGGCGCCACGAAAUAUAAAUCUGGCAAGGUCAUUCGGGGAUGUGGACACAUGGAAGUCCCCAUCCGCGCAAGUCAUUGGUACGAAUUUCUCCAGAUCUUUGCGCCGAUGGGGAUCCUGGCAAUGAUUCUGUACAUCUUCUACGGAGAUCUGCCGAAGCGAUUCUGGAAGAGCAUUAACAAGCAAGCCCUUCAAACAGGGACAGAAGAUAUCAAGAAAGCCGGCGUACAGGCCGGGAAGGGGGUUCAGUCUGCUUCUUCCGCUUUAGGUGGCUUGACGUUGGACUCAUUAUUCGAACCCGGGAAGCAGGAGGAAACAUUCGCAGCCGGUGCAGUGGCGGUGCAGAAGCUGCUCACCUCGCCCCAGGCACAAACUGUCCUCAACCGAGCCGACUUCAUCCAGGCGUUCUUAUCAGAUCCCCAAAAGAUGGUGCAGGACAGCAUUACGGAUAGGCAGCAGAAUUUUAUGCAACAACUGGCUCAAGAAGAAGCCAAGAGACAACAAGGGAGUGUAGCUUCUGCUGGUCGCACGGCUCCACUGAAAUCUGUCACCAACACGACGGCCAAAGGCGAUUUUUGGAACCAAGUCGAAGCGGAAGAGAAGAGCAGGCAUGGCUCCGUCACCUCCGCGGCCCCGAAAAAGGGUACAUUUUGGAAUGAUAUGGAUGCCGAAGAGCAGAGCAGACGAGGCUCUGUCAUAUCCGUCCCGAUAUCAACGAGCUCCAAACAAUCAAAGGGCACAUUCUGGCAGGAUCUCAAGGCCGCAGAGGAAAAGAAGGCAAAGAAUACCACAUCAGCAACGACGAAGCCACCUUUGAUGAAGAGUGGAACCAGGAAUCUUGCUCUUCCAAAGGGAACUUUCUGGGAUGCAGUGAAGGCCGAGGAGAACAGUCGGUAUGGGACGGUGAGGACCUUGUCGAGCAAUGCAUCCACGGCUGUUGCAUCCACAAACUCGACGUCAGGAAAGUCAGUACAAGACUCGUACUCGAAGGCCGGGUUGGCAAAAGCUCCCGCGAAGCUCAACCCGAGUCCAGCGAAAAAACUGCCCCCCAUACAAAAUGCGUCAAAGACAACAAAUGGGCAGAAGACAACGGCGGCCGCACUUCCCGCUAGGAAAGCGAGUACUAUCGUAACUUCUCCCGCAGUGCCGAAAAAAACAGGGACAUUGACCACGACGACGACAAAUCUGAGCAAGAAACCUGGAGCCUCAGCCUCGGGCCGUUCAAAACCAGCUCCAGCAGCUGCGAGAAACAAACCAGGCAUAAUUACAAACACCCCAUCGAAAACGACCCCUCUCAAACCGUCGCCAUCUGUCUCCAAGCCUUCGAAACAGACAGCAGCAGCACCAACGGCGACGGCUUCCACGAACUCCACUCCUGCGCAAAAGCCCAAGAUCAACACUAAAGCCAAUGCCCCCCCUUUGAAGAACAAAACCAAUACCUCUGUACCAGGAACAACUGCACCAGCCCCGAAAACACCCGUCGAGCGGAGCAAAGCAGGGGCAAAUCCUACAAGACCCUCACCAGCCACGAAGAAACCUGCGGGGACGGCGGGGGCGAAGACAAAUGCAAGUCCAAAGACCGGCAGCGUCAGUAAUCCUGCGGUGGGCAUAAAGACCCAGACGAAGAACAAUGGUCCUGGGCCGUCGAAGCUGAAGAGUUGA